AUGGUGUGGCAGCUAACAGGUAGUAAUUACAGUGUGGAUAUACAGAGAGAGUCACGCUGUUACCCUCACAACUACAGUAGUAACUUCCCUCCUACCCCACCACGCCCUCCUACCACACCACACCCUCCUACCCCACCACACCCUCCUACCACACCACACCCUCCUACCCCACCACACCCUCCUACCCACCACGCCCUCCUACCCACCACACCCUCCUACCCACCACACCCUCCUACCCCACCACACCCUCCCACCCCACCACACCCUCCUACCCCACCACACCCUCCCAGUGUGGAUACCCUACCUACCCCACCAGUCACCCUCCUACCCCACAACUACCCUCCUACCCCCUCCACCCCCCACCCCACCACCCUCCACCACACCCUCCUACCCCACCACACCCUCCUACCCCACCACACCCUCCUACCCCACCACACCCUCCUACCCACCACACCCUCCUACCCCACCCACCCUCCACCCCACACCCCCCAGCUAACAGGUAGUAAUUACAGUGUCCUACCCACCACGCUGUUACCCUACAAAUACCACCAACUUCCCUCCUACCCCCACCACGCCCUCCUACCCCACCACACCCUCCUACCCACCACACCCUCCUACCCCACCACACCCCCCACCCCACCACACCCUCCUACCCCACCACACCCUCCCACCCCACCCACACCCUCCCACCACACCCCUACCCCACCACACCCUCCUACCCACCACACCCUCCUACCCCACCACACCCUCCUACCCCACCACACCCUCCUACCCCACCACACCAUCCUAUCCCACCACACCCUCCUACCCACCACAACCUCCUACCCCACCACACCCUCCUACCCACCACACCCCCCUGUAGCAGCUAACAGGUAG